UGAUACGAUAUGAUAUGAUAAUCGGGUAGACAGCCUCAUUGCAGCAGACCCUUCUCCAAUAUUUGGGGGCCAUCGCGACUCUUGGUAUGCAUGGAAUACAAGGAGCUGUAUUGGUCCACUGCUGCUGCACAUAAGCAGCCUUAUUACGUCGGUAGGCUUCGCGGUAGAUUUCGACGGCGACCAUCGUCUUUGCUCCCUGUGUACCGCGUUAUCCUGCAAUAUCUCACGCGCAUGAUGCUGUGCCUGGUCGUGUUGGGGUUGCUUACCUAUAAUAGAUUGGGGGCAGUUUGCCGUCACGCGAAUCGUGCAAAAGAGUGUGUAGGGCUUCGCCUCGGCUCUGGGCAUACUAUAACAGGGAUGACAGGACCUCUUUCUUCUCUUCCUAUUGCUUACUGUCUAUACGGUUUCAACCAACUGGCGCGGGGCAGGUCCGAGAUGCUGACAUCGCGUGCCGUCUCUCGCAUUCAGCACCCUAUUAGAAGCAACUGCCAUAAUACAUACCUAAGUAGGUAUACAUAUAAAAAGCAAGUACAGUUCUUAGACGGAAUAUUCCGUGCGCACACGCCUAUAAUGUUCAUCACCCUGGCUAUACCAACCCGUUAUAAUACACGAUAGCAGCUAGACUGGUAGUGCAACCCAAUCCCUGAAAGCUUUUGCUGCUUGUGGUCUCUGCUGGCAGUAUGUAACACUUAGAACAACGGAAGUUGAAGACCAGAACGUACUGUCAACAUUAGCAUAGGCGCAAAGGUGCAGGCCAAGUGGAACUACGUAUAAUCCUCAUGUAGGUAGGCAAACAAUGUCUCACUAUUUGGAUGGUCAGGUGAUAAACGCAAGAACCCAGUCUGUCCGUGCUACCUUGCUUACUUAGACGUGUGUGUAGCUAUAAUGCACGCAAUUAUUGAAGAAGAAAAAUUUCUAUACUUAUAGAGAAAGCGAAAGUUAAGAUCUCUGAGAUAUUUUCAAGACAACCGCUAUGUACUAUAUAUCGUGUC